AUGUUGUAUUUGUACUUGGGCGUAAGUGACAAAGCAGCAAGCAUAGUGCUGAUUAAAAAGGAAGGACAAGUGGACCGAUCGGUGUACUACGUCAAUAAGGUUCUACAAGGCCCAGAAACACGUUAUCCCUUCACUGAAAAGGUGGCGCUGGCCCUGCUGAACGCCUCCAGAAAAUUGAGGCCAUACUUCCAAGCCCAUUCUAUCAACGUAUUGACGGAACAGUCACUGCGGAGCAUCUUACAAAAGCUUGAAUGUUCCGAUUGUCUCACCAAAUGGUCUAUUGAGUUGAGCGAGUAUGACAUACAAUUUCAUCCUAGGCAGGCCAUAAAAGGGCAAGCGUUGACAGAUUUUAUUGUUGAAUGUACUCCCUCUAAGGAAGCUAAAAAAGAAAGCAAAAUAGAAUGGUUACUGUUUGUAGAUGGGGCCGUCAGUUCCCAAGGGAGUGGAGCUGGAGUAGUGCUUAUCCCACCAGAAGAAGAAUCCCUUGAAUACUCUUUGAGAUUCGCCUUUCCAACCUUGAAUAAUGUGACCGAGUAUGAGGUGCUAAUUGCUAGUCUAAGGUUAGCCCGAAAACUUGAAGUAGCGCAAUUGAUAGCCCACAGUGAUUCUCAAUUGAUUGUUCAGCAAUAUUACAGGCAGUACGAGACUAGAGAGCCGGUCAUGGGACAGUAUCUACAAAAAGUCAGGGCACUCGCACAAUUUUUUGAAAGUUUUCAACUAGUGCAGAUCAACAGACCCCUUAAUGGUUAUGCGGAUGCUUUAUCCAAAUUGGCAUCCACUAAAGAAACCAUUGGAAGAACAGUGUAUGUGGAAGUCCUUCAGCGACCAAGUAUAGAAGAACUUGAGGUAGCAUGCAUUGAGAAUAGUAAUGACUGGAGAACCCCUUUUUACAAAUAUUUGACCAUGGGAGAAUUGCCAGCAGACCCAAAGGAGGCCAGAAAAAUUAAAAUUAGAAGGGCUCGUUUCACAGUGAUUGAUGGAAUGCUUUACAAGCGAGCUUACACUAUGUCGCUCCUCAAAUGCUUAGGUCCUCAGGAGACCGAUUAUGCCUUGGCGGAAGUUCAUAGUGAAGAUGCCCAAACAAAGAUCAGGGAGUGUGAUAAAUGUCAGAGGCACGCUCCGAUUAAUUCUGCUCCGAUAUCGCAAUUACAGCCCACAUUCCAGCCUAUUCCUUUUGCUCAAUGGGGCUUGGAUAUUCUCGGCCCAUUUCCACGAGCUACGAGGCAAAGGAAAUUUCUUUUGGUGGCAACAGAUUAUUUCACCAAGUGGAUUGAAGCAGAAGCCUUAGCCACUAUCAAUGCGAGGAAAGUAGAAGCCAUGGUGUGGAAAGACAUUAUAUGCCGAUUUGGAAUCCCACGAAUCAUUAACACUGAUAAUGGAAAGCAGUUUGACUGUGAUUCUUUUCGAAAUUUCUACAAAGGCCUAGAUAUUCAGUUAAGGAUUUCUUCAGUAGCAUAUCCCCAAGCUAACGGACAAGCCGAAAUCAGCAACAGAACAAUCUUACAUGGUUUGAAAACUCGGCUGGAAGGCGCAAAGGAAGCAUGGGUGAAACGCCCUUUAACUUGGUGUAUGGGACAUAAGCUUUGA